GGGGCCGGGGCGCCGUGAGUGGCCUUUCCGCCACCCCGCCUCGCCGCCGCGGGAGGAUGCGCCAGCGCCUCCCCGAGGAGCAGGUUAUAAAGCAGCUAAAUGGAGUCUGAGCAGCUGUUUCAUAGAGGCUACUAUCGAAACAGUUACAACAGCAUAACCAGUGCAAGCAGCGAUGAGGAGCUUCUAGAUGGAGCGGGUGUAAUUAUGGACUUUCAGACCUCUGAAGAUGACAAUCUCUUGGAUGGUGAUGCAUCAAUUGGGACUCAUUAUACAAUGACAAAUGGAGGAAGCAUCAACAGUUCAACACAUUUGCUGGAUCUUCUGGAUGAACCAAUUCCUGGAGUAGGAACGUACGAUGACUUCCAUACCAUUGACUGGGUUCGAGAGAAGUGCAAAGACAGAGAAAGGCACAGACGGAUUAACAGCAAGAAGAAGGAAUCAGCAUGGGAGAUGACAAAGAGUUUGUAUGAUGCAUGGUCAGGAUGGCUUGUAGUCACACUUACUGGCUUGGCAUCAGGGGCGCUGGCAGGAUUAAUUGACAUUGCUGCUGACUGGAUGACUGACUUGAAGGAAGGCAUUUGCCUUAGUGCUUUGUGGUUUAACCAUGAACAAUGUUGCUGGGGUUCAAAUGAGACCACGUUUGAAGAGAGAGAUAAAUGUCCACAAUGGAAAACUUGGGCAGAACUAAUAAUUGGGCAAGCAGAAGGUCCAGGUUCAUACAUAAUGAACUACAUAAUGUACAUUUUCUGGGCUUUGAGCUUUGCCUUCUUAGCGGUUUGUCUGGUGAAGGUUUUUGCUCCAUAUGCCUGUGGCUCGGGGAUACCUGAGAUAAAAACUAUUUUGAGUGGCUUCAUCAUCAGAGGUUACCUGGGGAAGUGGACUUUGAUGAUAAAAACCAUCACUUUAGUCCUGGCUGUAGCAUCAGGUUUGAGUUUAGGAAAAGAAGGUCCCUUGGUCCAUGUUGCCUGCUGCUGUGGGAAUAUUUUUUCCUACCUCUUUCCAAAGUACAGCACAAAUGAAGCUAAAAAACGAGAGGUAUUGUCAGCUGCAUCAGCAGCCGGAGUGUCUGUAGCCUUUGGUGCCCCAAUUGGUGGAGUCCUGUUCAGUCUGGAGGAGGUCAGUUACUAUUUCCCACUGAAAACUUUGUGGAGAUCAUUUUUUGCUGCUUUGGUGGCUGCAUUUGUUUUAAGGUCCAUCAAUCCUUUUGGUAACAGCCGCCUAGUUCUUUUUUAUGUGGAAUAUCACACUCCUUGGUACCUUUUUGAACUGCUACCUUUCAUUCUUUUGGGAGUAUUUGGUGGGCUCUGGGGAGCAUUUUUCAUCCGAGCAAACAUUGCGUGGUGUCGUCGACGCAAAUCUACAAAAUUUGGGAAGUACCCUGUCCUGGAGGUCAUCAUUGUUGCAGCAAUAACAGCUGUCAUUGCAUUUCCCAAUCCAUACACGAGGCUAAACACCAGUGAGCUUAUUAAAGAGCUCUUCACAGACUGCGGGCCAUUGGAGUCCUCCUCCCUCUGUGACUACAGAAACGAUAUGAACGCAAGCAAAAUAGUAGAUGAUAUUCCUGACCGUCCAGCAGGCACUGGAGUCUAUUCAGCUAUAUGGCAGUUGUGUUUAGCACUCAUAUUUAAAAUAAUCAUGACUGUCUUUACAUUUGGUAUCAAGGUUCCAUCUGGGUUGUUCAUACCCAGUAUGGCAAUUGGAGCAAUAGCAGGAAGGAUUGUGGGAAUUGCAGUGGAGCAGCUGGCUUACUAUCAUCACGACUGGUUCAUUUUCAAGGAGUGGUGUGAAGUUGGAGCUGACUGUAUUACGCCUGGUCUUUAUGCCAUGGUUGGUGCUGCUGCCUGUUUAGGUGGUGUGACAAGGAUGACUGUGUCCCUGGUAGUUAUUGUCUUUGAGCUAACAGGAGGGCUGGAGUAUAUUGUGCCCUUAAUGGCUGCAGUCAUGACCAGUAAGUGGGUAGGAGAUGCCUUUGGUAGGGAAGGCAUCUAUGAGGCACACAUCCGACUGAAUGGAUAUCCCUUCUUGGAUGCAAAGGAGGAGUUUACUCACACAACACUGGCUGCUGAUGUUAUGAGACCUCGAAGAAGCGACCCACCGUUAGCUGUUUUAACCCAGGAUAAUAUGACAGUUGAAGACAUAGAGAACUUGAUCAACGAAACCAGCUAUAAUGGUUUUCCAGUUAUUAUGUCAAAAGAGUCGCAGAGACUAGUGGGCUUUGCUUUAAGAAGAGAUUUAACUAUUGCAAUAGAAAGUGCAAGGAAGAAGCAGGAAGGGAUUGUUGGCAGUUCCAGGGUCUGUUUUGCCCAGCAUACCCCAUCGCUUCCAGCAGAAAGCCCUCGGCCUUUGAAGCUUAGAAGCAUACUUGACAUGAGCCCUUUCACCGUGACAGACCACACACCUAUGGAAAUAGUGGUGGAUAUUUUCCGGAAGUUGGGUUUGAGGCAGUGCCUUGUGACACACAACGGGAUUGUCUUGGGGAUCAUCACAAAGAAGAACAUAUUAGAGCAUCUCGAGCAACUAAAGCAGCACGUCGAACCCUUGGCGCCUCCUUGGCAUCAUAACAAAAAAAGAUAUCCUCCGUCAUAUGGCCCAGACGGCAAACCAAGACCCCGCCUCAAUAAUGUUCAACUGAAACCCAUAGCUGAGGAGAGAGAGGAGACUGAAGAGGAGGUUCAUUUGUUGAAUAGCACAACACUUUAGUCUGGGAGAUACUUCUAAAAAUCAGAAACGAGAGCUGGGUUUUUGCGUAACGGUGCUGCUGGAAAUCAGGAGUUGGUCUGGGGGAGGAUGUGGAGAGGAGGAAGGCUGUUGGGAGCAUGGAGCUGCUGUCCUGCACUGGAUGCGUCCUGAGAUGUCCGGUCUGCCAUGAUAGUGCAGUGGGAGAGCCGUGCGAGGUGGCACAAUUCUCCAGCCCCAGCCUGGUACUUCAGCAUCAAAGAGAUGUGUUACUAGUCCCUAUUUCUGGAGGGAUCCUUCUGAAUUGAGCCAUCUUAUGGAGACUGAAAGGUCUUGCCCUUUUUACCAUUGAAAACUGUUGUGUUAGCUCAUGAAAUGUAUAAUUAUUACACGUCACCUUCCUACAUUCCAGAAGAGCUUUAUUUCUCUCUCUCCUGAGCCGUAACAAAGCCUCUUUAAAUUGGUGUGCCCUUUUGAAGUAGUUGUUUCUCAUAUUGAGAUGUACUGUGAGUUACUGAGGUUGGAUCACAAGGAGGGAGGUUUUGCUUGUGCCAUCAGGUGCAUAAGGUCGAACAUCUUGAAGUGCUUGGGGCAGUACAGAUCUACUGCGACAAAAGCAGACUGAGCAGGAAAUGCCUUGCAAGAGCCAUGCGAAACAUCUUUCAGCCCAUCUGUCGUGAUGAGAGAAAAAGUAAACAAAAGAAAGUAGAGUUGCAGAGAAAAAUGCUGGUUUUGCUGCAGAAAAUAUCAAUGUGACCUGAUCUUAUGCAAUUUUUGUAUUGUCGAAGCACUAGGGUAUAUACCAAUGUUGUGCAGUAUCAGGAAGAGUACUGCUGUUCUACUAGUUAAGAGCUGGAACAAUUCUGUAUACGUGUAUCUGGAAAAAUGCAUGCUACAGCACUGGAGAUAUUUCCCCUCUGUAAAGUUUGAGAUCGCUCAGUUUUAUUUUCUCUUCUGAACAAAAGACGUCCCACUGCUGACAUGGUAGGAAGAAACGUAACUCAUAACUUGCACUAAUGUAUAUUAUUUUUCUUGAGGUUUUACCAUUAUUUAUAUUUUUAUGAAUGAAAAAAAUCUAUUAAAUACAAAUCAGUUGAUGUCUCACCUAACUAAUUACCUUUUUAAUGUGAUUUUAUAUAAUAAUUCGUAAUCCUCUGCGAGUAAUGGAGGAUUAGCAAAUGUUUACAACUAGAUGAAGGGUUUAAACAAAAUUGUUUCUUUACAAUCCAACAUGCACAUAAGGUGAUUUUCAGAUGUAACUCUCACUGCCGUUACCUUAAGACUUCCUUUUCCCUUUCUGAGCAGAUAACUGGAACAGUAAUACUAAAAACAUUAUUUAAAAAAAUCAGGGUUUUAAAACGAAUAGGAAGCAACUAUAAUUAUUAGAUUGCUUUAGACUUUUUUUUCUGAGUACACAGAGGUGUGAAUGAUACACAGCCACAGAAGAUGAGCAGCAGGGCGGAAUCGAAUCCAGUACUUGAAAGCUUGGCAGGACUUCAGAGCUGAGCAGCACCACACGCGCCAGAGGUGAGCUGACACAUUCCUAACAUCUUUUGGCCACCAGAUUAAUUGUUCUUCAGCUUUUCAAAGCACCACAAACACGCGUGGAAACAAAGGCAGCGUGCUGUACGUCUGCAGUAAAAAAAGCUAAGAAACGUGGUUGACAAAAUCUUGCUGUACAGUAUGUGGUGAAAUACAAUGUAGUUAUUAACAUUUCGCCCAGAAGACUGCAGAAGUUUAAAGCUAAAAUCUUGGGCAUCUCUCAGGCCGUCAUCACAGUUACCUCAAGCAUCUUUAUUCAGCCAGGUGCUCAGCACGAUCUUGUCUUGAAGAACAGCAGCGUGCUCCAAGCAGUGCCCUGGUAGGAUUGGCGAGCUCCAAAACAAUGCCAGUGCUUCAAGUGCUCCGCUGAAUCUCUGUCUGUUUUCAGAAUAUAAAACUGCAGUCACCUCUUUCUCACCUCUUGCAUCAACUGGAACCAGGGGAAAGCUGAUGUGUUGGUGGGCUGCAGUCGGCCCCUGUGCAGAAAGCAGCUUUGGAACUGAAACAAAAUUGAGCUGUGUUCUGGCUGCUGCGCUGCAGCAACUGGCUGCACUCUUCCAAGUGAGUCAGUGCUACGGGCUCCAAACUUGUUCUGUUACGCUGUGUGAGCUUGCAGAAACCUUAUUAGGAGCAGGGUUUGGUCCAUCCAAGGAGGACAGCUCAGGAAAUUGUCUGAGGCUGAUCUCUACUGUUUAUUAUUAUUAUUUCUGUAGUGGAAGGAUAUAAAUGCACUACAGCUUUAAAAAAAAAAAGAGAAAUUGCUUUAAAUCAGUUUGAAGCCCCUGCCAUUUCUAAUGGUUUCCUCAUCCUAAUACACUGCAGUGUAGUAAUUUGCACCUGACCCCACCUACAGGCUGCACUGUCUGGAACACAGUGCAGCCCGUGCCCCUGCUGUUUUAUCAUUCUCGUGUGGAUCCCAAGUGCUGCAUAGAAGUGGUGCAUCUCUGGUUACUGUUCUUACCUGCUAAGCUUUCUCCACUGACAUGAAAAACGUCUCGUAAACAUGCAUUAGAAAUUCUGAUACUGAAGUAUGUGUGCCUGUGCUGUUCAACAAAAUUUUUCUAAUGUAAAGCUUCCAGCGCCUUACUCAAGUUACUGAUUUGAAACAAAAACGUGGUGGAUGGGAGGGUGAAAGCGUCAGCAUUAUUAUUAUUUUUUGUUUUAAACCAUUCAGUUACUGGUUGAUGAAGAAUGCAUACUUUGUUAAUCUGUGAUGUUGCCUAGAGCUGUAUUUAAUAUUGAUUGAUCUUAAUGUUUUUAUUUAUAAUAGUGUGGUAGAGCUGCGUAUCAUUACAGUAAAAAUUCCCACUACUGUGAUGACUUAAUCAAACAUUAAAAACUUCUGUAUGACCA